CAUUUUUUGCCUUUAUUUGAGCAUGCUUCAUUAGAUAAGUUAUCAGGAUGAUUUCGAAUAUUACCAACCUUAUUCAGACAUGUAUGAGCAACAUGUCUCUUUCCAGUGCUUCAGAAAAAGAAGUUAGAAAAGAGGUGAAGCAUUUUCUCGACAAAAAGCAAAGUCAGAUACAAGAGAUAUCAGCCCAAAUUGAAGCUUUAAAAGAUGGUGAACUGCCUAAUGAGGAGGAAAUCAAAAGCCAAGUCGUUAACAUCUUCACCGAAAUGAGAAACCACGAAGAGUUCAAACAAUUUUGAGUAAGCAACUAUAUCAAGUUUGUAUCUGAAUACCUCAAAAUGUCAGAUACAGACCUUGAUUGCAUACUUAAACUUGAGCUAACACAGCAAGAAAAGAAGCUAGUUUUUGAGCAGGAUGAAUGGGAUAGAGAUGACAUUGACAAACUUUUAGAAGAAAUUAAAGAAAAAGAAGCAAUUUUAGAAGAAAUGAAAGAGAGCAUAGAGCAAUUUAAAUCCAAAGUCAUCUCUUCUUUGGACCCAACGAAAUUUGAAGGACUAAGUCAAAUUUCUAGGAUAUUUCUAAACAAGCAAAUAGGCUCAGAAAAAUUUUCAAACUUUGAAUUAGAUCUAAAACAAAAAGAGGAUUUGGAAUUAGUACAAUUAUUACAAGGAUACUCGAUGCCAAGUUUAAUCAAAUUUGUUAUUAAAAGAUUGCCGGAAGAGCUAGAUAUUCUGAGAGAAUUUAUUUUUGGAUGUUUCUCAUCUUGUGUAAAUACAUUUGGUUUGAACAAAGAAGGCGAGAAAAGAAAGAUUGGAGAUAUUUUAGAUAUUCUCUGAAUUAUAGCCCAGAACACAAGCUCAAGCCUCUAUCUGCAUAACUUUGAAUUAAAUACUUCAGAUCUUAAAAGAGUAUUGGAACUAUCAAAAGAUAGACAGAAAAUAUUAAUCUGAGAAGAGAUUCAAACAAUAGCUAAAAGCUCAAAAGUUUUAACUAGUCUAAACAAUCGAAAAUAUCUUCUCUCAACCUAAAAGAUGACUCUUAUCAAAUUUAGGUUUUGAAGUAGAUUGUAAAAAAAGAAAAGUCUCAAUUUUUAGGGUUUGUCUCUGCAACAUGUUAGUUAAUGAUAAAGCAGCCAGCUAAAUUCAAGUUUCUAUCUCUUGAAAUGAACCAAUAGUUUAUAUGACCUUAAUAUCAGGUUAAUAAGUAACCCAAAACAGCUCAUGGAUAAUUGGGAAGAAGGUCAUUAAUCUAGAAUAGUAUUAUCUCUCAUAGUCUAAUCCAAACGCUUAACCAGAAUACUUUUUAUCCAUUUUAAUGAAUUUAUCUCAAGAAUCUGAAAAUAUUGGUCUUCGAAUCUUGUAUCCUCAAGUUCGAUAUAGCACCAAAAUUUAAGAGCUUUUCUAACAAAUCAAAAUUAAAUACUCUCUGUUUUAAUAAAUGAGGAUCACCAGAAAAUUCUGACUGGAAAAACUAUCCGGAAAGAUUUGAAAACUUAUGAAAAGGACUAUCGCAAUACUUUUGCAAAGGACUAUCCCAAUACUUUUGCAAAGAAUUAAUGAUAAAGAAUUUAUAUUUCUAUAAUUUUGAUCUUGAAGAGGAAAAGAUGCGAGAAAUAUAUAAUAAGUAUGGGAUGAAGAACACCAAAGUUAUUUUUAAGGCAA